UAAAUAUCCCUCCAUGACUCACAAACCAACAAAAGUUUCCCCCUCUUUCCACCAUCUACCCUAGUUAUGCUGGCAUUCUCUUCUUGCUCGCAGAAACUUGUGUCUUCAGUUCAGAUGAAGCGUUCCCAAACCUUCAAAGCAUUCUAUGCGACCAUUCGUAGCUUGAGGCAACAGCCUGUCUCUGAUGGCGACGAAGCGGCCUCGUCCGACAAUGAUUUCAUUCUUUCCAUCCUGCGAGCUAACCCGUCCCUGCGCGACACCCGUUCAUACUUGGCGUCUUUUGGACCUCGACCGCACGCUGCGAAGCCAGUGACGUCCCAGCAUCCUGACUUCAAGAUGCCUUCGCCUCCCGAUAUUUCAGAGGCGGGGGCCAAGGAGGGCAGUACUGUCAACGUCGAUGCCGCCAAAGACACCCCCAUUAUCGAGUCUAUACUUGAUCCCAUCAUCAGGCGUACGGCGUUGGUCAAAGUUCAAGGCCCAUUCACGGAUGUGCAGCUCGAAAGCAUUGCUCGAGGAAUGGUUUACCUUGAGAAGCUCGGGCUCGUUAGUGUCAUUGUCGUCGACAACAACAAUGUGGUUCGUGGUGGGACCGAUGAGCGAAACAUUGUCAUUGAAGAGACGAUGCGCUUCGUCACGGCUCUCGAAAGACAGGGCUCUAGGGCGCGUCCGCUCUUGGGUGCCAUCGUCAGGCUAGGCCCAAAGCCUGAAGAUCUUGGCAUAGAGCACGAGAUCGCACCUCCUGAGGCCCAUACCAUUCCGUCUGAUCUGAAUACCAUUCGUUCCGCCCUUCGAGCAGGAGAAAUCCCAGUCCUCCCUCCGUUCGCCCUCGAUUCCUUCUGUCGAUCAGUCCGCAUAGACGCCAACGACGUGAUCGCAUCUCUCGCACGUGGGAUGGUCGAGGCUGCUGUCCACAACAGCAUUUCACCCAUCUCUGAAAGUUCUCCGUCUCAAUCGUCUGGAGAAGUUGAUCUUGCUCCCCUCCGUCUCAUGAUCAUCAAUCGCGAAGGUGGAAUUCCUUCGUACGCACGUUCAGGCUAUCCUCACUUACUCAUCAACCUUAACUCUGAGUACGACCAUAUCAAUGGAACGUUUCGUGAAUCCUGGCACCAUUCACAUCCCACCAGUCUAGCGAAUCUGUCUUUGGCACAGAAAUGCCUAGCAUACAUGCCGUCUGGUUCUUCCGCCGUCAUGGUUUCUCAUCGGUCCCCCAGUUUACUCAUCGCUAAUUUAAUCACCAACAAGCCGGCUGUAAGCUCUAGCUUACCUCACGCACUCCUACAAGGUAAUCGGAAACUCACACCCCACACACCCACGUUGCUACGACGAGGUCUUCCCAUUCGCGUGGUCCGCGCCACCGCAGACAUAGAUCAGAAAAAACUGACUACCCUUCUGGAACAAUCCUUCGGCCGAACGCUUAACGAACACCAAUUUUAUGGGCGCCUGGAAAAGACACUCGAUUUCAUGAUUAUUGCGGGAGACUACGUCGGUGCGGCCAUUGUGACCAACGAACCGUCUCCUGAUGCGUCAAAUCCCAUCUCAUACCUCGACAAAUUCGCCGUUCUUCCUAGCCAUCAAGGGGAUGGAACGGUUGAUUUCUUGUGGGUUGCCCUCCACGACGAGUCUUACGGACUAGGCCAUCCCUCCUCUGUGAACCCUAACGGAGGUAAAGAAGGUCAAGGAGAAGGCCGUGACCUCGUCUGGCGUAGUCGCGCCAACAACCCUGUGAACAAGUGGUAUUUCGAGCGUAGCUCAGGUCACAUCAGGAUGGGAUCCUGGGUCCUGUUUUGGUGUGACGCAGAGAAGCAUCUGAAAAUUGAGCAGAGUCGACGUGGGAGCUCCGGUUUGUCCUACGUUGAGGACUGGGAAAAAGGCCGUUUAUGUCAUUGGGCUAGCGUGGUAAACGAAAUUCCCUCUAGCUGGAAGUAAAGGCGUGUAUUGUUCGUAUUUGCUUGUAUCAAGUGUCUCUUUUUCACACGACUUCAGUGGAAAGUACCAGAACUCAUAGGAGGGAGAAAAUACGUAGUAUACACUGCGGUCUAUGUGAAACGUGUGGGAUAUGUGCAUACCUAGAUAUGCUUAGAAGACUUCAUGGCAUCAAUGCACCCGGAGCUUCAUGUUUCUGCAGACCUUUAAUUUUGUUCAGUAGUAAAUUUAUUCCAAUU